AUGAGUACUACACAACGGAGUGAAAGUAUGAAUCCAUUUUUUGAUAGUUAUGUGCACUCGGGGAGCAUGUUGAAGGAAUUUAUUGACCAAAUUGAUCAUGCUUUGAGGAGAAAGGUUUUGAAUGAGAGAGCAACUAAUUUCAAUUCUUUUAGUUGCUCCAUUCCAUGUAUAUCCCAUUACCCCAUUGAGAAGAAAUUGCAAAAUGUUUACACCAAUGCAAAGUUCAAAGAAGUUCAGGGAGAGUUUAGGUGCUUGAUGUAUUGUGAUUACUCUCUUCUUAAAAGUGAAGAUGGAAUGUCUACCUAUCAAGUGUCUAAUGAGGUUAAAGUGGAUGACUACAUAAAAGAAUUAAGAUUUUGUGUUUACUUCAAUGAAGAUGAAUGUGAAGUAAAAUGCACUUGUGGGUUGUUUGAAUGUAGAGGAAUCUUGUGUAGUCAUGCCCUUAUUGUAUUAAACCUAAAAAAAGUUAGAUCGUUGCCAGCAAAAUAUAUUCUUGACCGAUGGAGGAAAGACUUGAAGCGAACAAAAUAUGAUGAUUUGAGGGGCAACCCUGAUGUACAAAGAUAUGACCACAUGAUGAAAAUUUUUUGUGAAGUUGCAUCGAUCACAGCAACAAGCGAGGACCAUUACAUGGAUGUCAUGCAUCAUGUAGAUAUGUUAAAGGUGAAAUACUAUGGCUUAAGGUGUGAACCUAGUCCACCUUCCCAUCACCUUCCAAGUGCAUCUUCUAUGUGUAAUGAAGCCAUUGAUGGUGUGAUAGUGAAAAGUAAUAAGACUUUCCAAGCAACGCAAGAAGGUGAAGUGAACACAAGUGAAGCUCCAUUGCCUUUGGUAAGCGAUACUCAGCUUGUUUAUGUAAUUGGAACUCAAGAUAAUGUAGUUACUCGGGGUUCUCAAGAAAUCACCGAGUUGAUUGCAGUUGGGAGGGAAAAGUUGGCAUCAAUACCUGCUGGUGGUGGCGCUAGUGAUUAUGAUAUUGGUUUCAGCCUCUUUGACUACUAA